ACUCCAGGAAACAUCAUGACCACCGCUGACAGGCUGCUGGAGCAGAUGUUCUCCUGGAUCGACCAGAGGAGUUGCUGUGCGGACCAACUGGUCAAACUGGCCCAGGAGCUCAAGUCCCUUAGGCAGAAAUGCAAAGGCGGUGAAUGUGUGGGCAGCUCGGUGGCUGUGGUGGGGGCUGCGUAUGAGCCGAAUUGGUCUACUGGUGGAGGACUACAUAACACAAGGUUCGGUCCCGGCCUCAACCUCCUGAUUCUGGUGACCGUCACGGGAGUUUUAGCGUUUUUCACGCUCAAGUCAAUCGGGACGAAAUCUAAGUUUCUAUUUGAUAAAGGAAGUCAGCAGCUGAUCACGAAAAUAUCUGUGACUGGAAUGAAAACAGUGCUCAAAGGAGGCGGCAUGCUGGUGGGAGGAGCUAUUGGAAUGGCAUUUGCGCUUAAUGAGGCGAUCGACAGCUGGACAGAUCUGAUCAAGAACAACAAUGUGACUGAAGCCAGCCAAUCCCUGCGAGACACAGCCAAAGCAAUCCGAAAGAUCUCGAAGGCCCUGAGGGAUCAGUUUAAAGAUAUGAAGCAGAUGCUCAAGAAGAUGGAAGAAGAACAGUGCGAGCAGGCGAAGGUUAAACGCAUUAUUGAAAACCCAAACAGAAGCUCUCAAGACGAGGGAGAAUUAUUAAGGUAUGCCAUUGAAGCAUGCCAGAUCAAAGAGGUGCAACAAUGGCUGAGGGAGAAUCAAGGGAUGGAGACUUUCAUCAAACUUGUGGAGUUGUUUCGAUUAAUGAAAAAUCAAAUCAUCAAGAAGUCAAACGAGGACGAGUCUAAUUACGAAGAUAUUGAAGUGGACAUUAUCUUUCUGGCUCACGGAAAGAUCACACAACCCCCGAUUCCAGCUUCCUGUCUCCGGCCCUGGUCCAACAUCCAAGACGUGCUCCUCUAUUCCCCCUGGAACUGUCUCCUCAAUGCUGAUGCAGCCUACGGCAUCGCUACAGGACUCAUGCAGCCUUGGCACAGAAGCUUUAUCUGUGCUUCAGGAAGUGGCUGUAAAAAUUGUCAUGAAGGACACCGGCCCAUGAAACUGCCACCUGUCUGGAACUCAAUGAAGGAAGCAGGACUGAUUCCAAACAUCAUGGUCAGUACUAUCACGGAUCCAAAAGAUGGUGCAUGGACGACUUUUGUCGAUCUAACAGCAGAAUAUGGUACACCACGGAGAGGCCGCAUCCUCGUCCCGUUCAUCCUUGGUGGUUCGGCAGUAACCAUCCCGUUCUUCAUCGUCACCUGGGUCAUGUCUCUGGUGCUGUUUAUUUUCCGGAUCAAAGCCACCGUCCAUCUCGCCGCCUGUCUGGGUGAUGGAUCUACCUGGUUUAAGUUUCCCAGAGAGUUCCUGGAGCAUCAGUACUCCUACACUGUUGACAACACCGUGAUGACAGCACAGUCCAUGUGGCCCAUCACCCGACCCGACCUGUACAGGAACCUACGGGCCAUGUUCGAUUAGACGGACAAAACUUCAACAUUUUCUGGAGCUGUAAAGUUCUGUUCCAGUGAAAGUUUUGUCGAUGCCUCAAGCUGAACUGAUUUCCCAGCUCGAUGCAUCUCCGAGUGUUGCAACACGUCGGUAUCAACAAACAAUCCCAUUUUAAUCAACGAUCACUUUGAGAACUUCUCAGUCGAUUCUUUUCCCCGCUCGACACAGAUGAGUUAUGAAUGUUAGAAAUCAUAUUUACUAUGAUCUAACCCUGAAGUAGGGCGGCUGUGGCUGAGGGGUCGAGUGGUCGUCCUCCAACCAGAUGGUCAGCUGAUUGGAUCAAUUGCAUUAUAAUGAUGUGGAGGAGUCGGGGUGUCCGACAUGGUCGCACCUGUAAUGGAAAAUUAUAUAAUCAUACUUUACUCUGCAUUAUGAAUGCUUAUGUAACCACACUUAUCUGUGCUUAUGCAUAUCACGUGUGACAAGUUGUCUGUUGGUGACUCACUAGGUGCCGGUCUCUGGGAAUCCAGACAUCGGAGCCACUGAUCACUGUGCUGUCUCCUCCAGUCUUAUAUUCUGGGGUGUACUUCGCAUUUUCACACACUCACACAAUUUACCU